CAACUUACCCCACUCUCCCAUAUACCUUCACAAACAGUAGGCCUACGUUGUUGAAGAAAAAGUUGAAGAAACUACAAGUCCCUAAAUUAUUUGUGUGGCAAGUACAUACCCUGCUAACAUUUGAUUGGACAGACUCAGUAAAGCUCGCUGUGAUUGGUCGACAGGGGCCAUGUUUGCAUUUCCAGCUGUCUAGAUUCUGGCUAGCUAACCGGUUAGCUGUCUGAGGUACAUUUGCCUCUUUUUUCGGGGUAUUACAUUAACAAACAGCCCUUCCACCCUCGUUAAAAACGGAUUAUUUGGAAGUCGCAAUGCCGGUUCACUCCCGGGAGAAGAAAGAAAGUAACCACGAAGAAAUGGAGGUGGACUUUCACGAGCAAGACGGCAGCAGCACAGACGAGGAGGACACUGUUAGCUCGUCUGUUUCUGAAGAUGGAGACAGCUCGGAGAUGGACGAUGAGGACUGUGAGAGGAGGAGGAUGGAGUGCCUGGAUGAGAUGACCACCCUGGAGAAACAGUUCACUGACCUGAAGGAGCAGCUGUACAAGGAGCGCCUGAGCCAGGUGGACAUCAAGCUGCAGGAGGUGAUGGCUGGCUGUGCACAAGAGUACCUGGAGCCUCUAGCCAACCUGCAGGAGAACAUGCAGAUCAGAACCAAAGUGGCUGGGAUCUACAGGGAGCUCUGUUUGGAUUCAGUGAAGAACAAGUAUGAGUGUGAGAUCCAGGCCGCGUGCCAACACUGGGAGAGUGAAAAGCUGCUGCUGUUCGACACUGUGCAGAGCGAACUGGAGGAGAAGAUACGAAGACUGGAGGAGGACAGACACAGUAUUGACAUCACUUCAGAGUUGUGGAAUGAUGGAUUGCACUCGCGGAAAAACAAGAAAAAGGAUCCGUUCUGCCCCGUUAAGAAGAAGAAGUCUGUUGUUGUGUCUGGGCCUUAUAUCGUCUACAUGCUGCAGGAUCUUGAUAUCCUGGAAGACUGGACUGCGAUUAGAAAGGCGAUGGCAUCACUGGGGCCACACAGGGUGAAGGUGGACGUCCCUGCAGUGAAGCCGGACAGACAUCACCACGUGGCGCGCUUCGAGGAAGGGCGACUUUUCUACGACAACCAGUGGUACUGCAGGGGCCAGGCCAUCUGCAUCAACAGGAAGGACGAGUACCCAGCGAGUGCCAUCAUCACCACCAUCAACAACGACGAGGUGUGGUUCAAACGACUCGACGGCACCAAGUCAAAGCUGUACAUCUCCCAGCUGCAGAAAGGCAAAUACACCAUCAAGCACUCGUAAAAACACAUGCAUACAGACAAGAACCAUCAUCUCGGCUGUUUAUAUUCAUCUCCUUUUAGUAUAUUUCUACAUUCUUGCCAUAUGUACAGUCACACAUCAAACCACGUGUAUUCAAAGAAAGAUCAGUCUAUGGAGACUCUAACUUCUCUGUAAAUAUGUAUGUAUGUGGAUAUUAUCAACAAGGUCACAAAGUGUCAUUUUCUCUGGAACGGAGAUCAAUGCAAAGUGCUGCUAAAACAAACAAACCAUGAAGGCCAAGGAAUCGGAGCGGUAGAGAACUUUGAUUGCGGAAUGUGCCUUUCUGAGCAGACGAUGCCUGUCCCGAACUAUCAAUAUGCAGUGAAGCCUUACGCUGUACUGUGUAAGCACCGAGAGAACUGAAGUGGGUCAAUGUCCGAGAGACCCCCCCUUAACCGAUCCAGGUAAGGAUGCCGUCAGAGGUGUGUUUGAUUUGCCUCUCCGGACGCGCCGUAUAGACUUGAAUGUCUCUAUAGAGCCGAAUUAAUCCGUAUCGGGAUCUCAGUUUGAGAACAUUUCGUAAAAAAGAGUUGCACAAGUGUUAAUAUUGUGAUGGAUAAUGAUCAAUCAAUUUUGAGUAAAUGAUUUUAUUGUGAACAUAAGGAGAAUUCUUCAAGGACCCCACGCGGGUAUUGAUGAUACUUUGGGGGGCUGCUGUACUAAAUUACCUUUUUAGGAGUUUUUAGUGUCAUUUUCUGAGAAUUAUAAUGUUUGAAGUUCAAACCAAGGCCAAUUCAAUGCACUAAAACAACUUUAAAGAUAAACAUAUGUAUUUUUAAAAUAUAGUAAUGUAAGGUGCCCUGUAUAUAGAGAUGAAUGUCUGUCUCGUCUUUCCGUCACUCUGAUACUUCCCUCCGUCUCUUAUCAUGUUGUCAUGCUUCUCAUAGUGCCUACAGUUGAUCAAACAUUAGAGGCAGGGACAAGGAUUAAAGGGAUAGUUUUUCAAGUAGGUUUGUAUAAUGUACUACUCGUCCAUAGUCAGUGUUUUUCUAGCAGUAGAUGACAGUUAGCAUGCCAAAGGUUUCGAGAAACCAACAGAGGUACUUGCAUGGAAGCUAAGCUAUGUAUUGCUGUGGACAGUGGCAGCAUCAAAAUGUGUUUUAACCACCUGAAAUAAUCCCAAGUAGUGUGUAUGUAUGUAUAUAUAUAUAUAUUCGCUUAAGGAAAGAUGCUGAAAAUAUUGUAUAUAUAUAUAUAUAUACUAUACAAUAUUUUCAGCAUCUUUCCUUAAGCGAAUCCGAACUCUAUAGCCUAUAAACCGCUAAGGUCAUACAAUGUCACAAACAAACUAGCCAUUGUAGCAGCAGCUUCCGUGUUUUGCGUGGUUAAAUAACAGUUUUUAUUAAUGGACUGUGGAGGCUUUGAAGAAGACCAACCAGUGGCUUUCACUUUUCAUCAAAAUGGCUGUGAUUGCAAGGUAAGGUAGACAUAUUCUAAAAAUACACUUAUGAACAUUGAUAUUGAUUGUUUUAGGUGGGCCUUUAUUUUAAGUGGCUACAAUACAUGUUCCCUGUCUACUGCAGUACAAUAUUUAGCUUCUGUGCCAGUGUACCUGUCUUGGUGGGCAUAUUCCGAUUGCCAUCUGCAGUAGGUAAUACACUUGUACUUAUAAAAGUACCUCAUACCACUUUAACAAUCCGAACUAUCCCUUCAAGUUGCUGUACACCACCAGUUUGAACUGACUCCUAGUCUGUGGUGGUGGUGGGCUCAUAUUCGCCUCACAUUUAUAAUUCAUAUUGCCAUUUUUCAGGGUAUUUUUAUCUUUAUUCUACUUUGUAACUGGACUUAACCCAACUAGAAGGAUGGGUGAAGUCCUGCAGUGUAAGUGUUUCAUUGGAAAGAUCCAAAGUAUCUCCCAUUCUCUGUCUUUUCUUCUGGUUUGUGUUACUCCCCUAUCAAAUGGCGCUUCUUUUUACCUAUAUCCCAUUAUCUUUCUAGCUGACAGUAAAACUUGAUUCUUAACAUUGAUGUAUUUACAGAACAAUGGGAUAUCAAGGCUAAGGGAUUUUAUUUGUGUAAAAUCCGUCCAAUCGUAUGUGUAGAUUUAGUUAGAUUCAAUCAAUGGAAUCUUUCUCUAUGUUGUACGGUGCUUUAUAUUUUUCAGCAAUGCAUUGCAAGUAUUACCUGCCAACAGUGUUGUGAAGAGAGGUGCUCGGAACAUUAUAUCAUGAACAGGAACUAAGUGUCUGUAAAGCCUGGCAAGGCAUCAACUCAGUAUAACUUUUGAUAGGUUGUUUCUGCUUGUUUUUACCUUUUUUAUGUGUUAUUGUUCCUUUUACCAUUUCAGAUAAACAGAAACAAAUGUGACUUUGUGCCAACGCAUGUACAGCUGAUUAAAGAUUUUUGUUUGUAUCAUU